AUGAAUUGCACUUUUCAUAUUGAAAGUUAAUUAUCGAUGAUAUGUAUUGCUCCUCACUAGUGUAAAUGCUAAAGGAAAUUGUGUGUUGAAUGCAUUUAUGAACAUGGAGUGGAUAUCUUAUCAAACACUGUUCCAACCAAAUUAUUUCAAUAAAUGGCAACCAAGAAAUUAAAAUAGUCUUAACUUGAUGAGAAAACUGAUUUAAAAACACAAAGAAUGAAUUUUUAAUCAAUGUUCACUUCAACUCAAAAAAUGAUAAAAUAAAUUUGUGAAUAGUUUGCAGAUUCAAUAAAGUAGAUUUAUGAUCUGAUAGAAAAUGAAGAUAAAUCAUAUUAUGAAUACAUUUACAAAAAUGUGAAUCCAACAGAAUUGUCACAUACGGAUUUAGAAAAAUUAGUUUAAAUUGUGAAUGAAAAAAUCUUAGAAGAUUGGAAUAUUUAGAAACAUUCAUAUUUGAGGAGGUUGGAAAUGACAAAGAAUUUUUGGUAAAUAGAAACUAAGGGUUUUUGUGAAAAGAUAAAUUCAGAAAUGAAAGAGAUUAUCUAGUUUAUUAAAUUGGUAAAUAAUUCUUAAGUAAACUUUCCUUUAGCUACAGAUAUAGCGCCAGUUUAUAACAGAAAGAAAGAUUUGUAUGAGGUAUUAACUUAGAUAAAAAAUAUUGAUGAAACAUAUCUUUAUUAGAUAUUUGAAUGGGUUUAGAAAAUCAAAAUAACAGAUUGCCAAGAACUUUUUUCAAAUAAGAGCAAAAAAGAAUAAGCCAUGUUGAGAUAUAUUAAGGAUAUUAUUGAAAAUAUUAGUGAAAUUGAUUUUAAUCAGAAGAGUUAUUCAACAGAAGAAUAUGAAUAAAUAAAAAUGAACUUAAUUGCGAAAAUAUCUUAGGAUAAGCACAUCAUUGAAUUUAUGAAAGUCCUAGUUCAUCUUACAGCCAUUGAUGAAAGAUUUAUCUAAUGCGGAUCUAAUUCACUCAACAUAUUAGUAUAAAUGAAGGUUGAUAUGAGAGAACAAAGCUUCGAGAAUGUAAGGAUUAGAGAUACCUCUUUAAUUGGGGCAAAUUUUAUAAGAUGCAAUUUCAAUGGGUCCAUUUUUGAUAAUGUUGAUAUCAGUGGAAUGAACUUGAAUGGAGCUGUAUUGUUCAAUUGUAUAUGGAAAAACAUAAAAUUAGAUAAGUUAAAUUAAUUAGAUGGUCAUACUAACUCUGUUUUAUCAGUCUGCUUCUCUCCUGAUGGUGCAACUUUAGCCUCUGGUAGUUAAGACUAUUCUAUCUGUUUAUGGGAUCUUAAGACAGGAAAAUCAAAAGCAAAAUUAGUUGGUCAUAAUCAUGGAAUUUUAUCCGUUAGUUUCUCACCUAAUGGGACUACAUUAGCAUCUGGUAGUUAAGAUAAGUCUAUUCGUUUGUGGAAUGUUAAGACAGGACAACAAAAAUCCAAAUUAAAUGGUCAUUAAAAUUCAGUUUUAUCAGUCUGUAUCUCUCCUGAUGGUACUACAUUAGCAUCUGGGAGUGCAGACAACUCUAUCCGUUUAUGGGAUAUUAAGACAGAAUAAUAAAAAGCCAAAUUAGACGGUCAUACUAGAGAAAUACGAUCGGUCUGUUUCUCUCCUGAUGGUACUACAUUAGCAUCAGGUAGUAUAGAUAAUUCUAUUCGUAUUUGGAACGUCAAGACAGGAUAAUCAAAUGUAAAAUUAGAUGGUCAUACUGGAGAAGUUCUAUCUGUCUCUUUCUCUCCUGAUGGUACUACAUUAGCAUCUGGUAGUUAUGAUAAGUCUAUCCGUUUAUGGGAUUUUAACACAGGAAAAUAAAAAGCAAGAUUAAAUGGUCAUUAAUAUUCGGUUCAAUCAGUCUGUUUCUCUCCUGAUGGCACUACAUUAGCAUCUGGUAGCGUAGAUAAUUCUAUUCGUAUNUGGUAAAUAGAAACUAAGGGUUUUUGUGAAAAGAUAAAUUCAGAAAUGAAAGAGAUUAUCUAGUUUAUUAAAUUGGUAAAUAAUUCUUAAGUAAACUUUCCUUUAGCUACAGAUAUAGCGCCAGUUUAUAACAGAAAGAAAGAUUUGUAUGAGGUAUUAACUUAGAUAAAAAAUAUUGAUGAAACAUAUCUUUAUUAGAUAUUUGAAUGGGUUUAGAAAAUCAAAAUAACAGAUUGCCAAGAACUUUUUUCAAAUAAGAGCAAAAAAGAAUAAGCCAUGUUGAGAUAUAUUAAGGAUAUUAUUGAAAAUAUUAGUGAAAUUGAUUUUAAUCAGAAGAGUUAUUCAACAGAAGAAUAUGAAUAAAUAAAAAUGAACUUAAUUGCGAAAAUAUCUUAGGAUAAGCACAUCAUUGAAUUUAUGAAAGUCCUAGUUCAUCUUACAGCCAUUGAUGAAAGAUUUAUCUAAUGCGGAUCUAAUUCACUCAACAUAUUAGUAUAAAUGAAGGUUGAUAUGAGAGAACAAAGCUUCGAGAAUGUAAGGAUUAGAGAUACCUCUUUAAUUGGGGCAAAUUUUAUAAGAUGCAAUUUCAAUGGGUCCAUUUUUGAUAAUGUUGAUAUCAGUGGAAUGAACUUGAAUGGAGCUGUAUUGUUCAAUUGUAUAUGGAAAAACAUAAAAUUAGAUAAGUUAAAUUAAUUAGAUGGUCAUACUAACUCUGUUUUAUCAGUCUGCUUCUCUCCUGAUGGUGCAACUUUAGCCUCUGGUAGUUAAGACUAUUCUAUCUGUUUAUGGGAUCUUAAGACAGGAAAAUCAAAAGCAAAAUUAGUUGGUCAUAAUCAUGGAAUUUUAUCCGUUAGUUUCUCACCUAAUGGGACUACAUUAGCAUCUGGUAGUUAAGAUAAGUCUAUUCGUUUGUGGAAUGUUAAGACAGGACAACAAAAAUCCAAAUUAAAUGGUCAUUAAAAUUCAGUUUUAUCAGUCUGUAUCUCUCCUGAUGGUACUACAUUAGCAUCUGGGAGUGCAGACAACUCUAUCCGUUUAUGGGAUAUUAAGACAGAAUAAUAAAAAGCCAAAUUAGACGGUCAUACUAGAGAAAUACGAUCGGUCUGUUUCUCUCCUGAUGGUACUACAUUAGCAUCAGGUAGUAUAGAUAAUUCUAUUCGUAUUUGGAACGUCAAGACAGGAUAAUCAAAUGUAAAAUUAGAUGGUCAUACUGGAGAAGUUCUAUCUGUCUCUUUCUCUCCUGAUGGUACUACAUUAGCAUCUGGUAGUUAUGAUAAGUCUAUCCGUUUAUGGGAUUUUAACACAGGAAAAUAAAAAGCAAGAUUAAAUGGUCAUUAAUAUUCGGUUCAAUCAGUCUGUUUCUCUCCUGAUGGCACUACAUUAGCAUCUGGUAGCGUAGAUAAUUCUAUUCGUAUUUGGGAUUCUAAGACAGGAUAAUAAAAAGUCAAAUUAGAUGGCCACUAAUAGAAUGUUCAAUCAGUCUGUUUCUCCCCUGAUGGUGCUAUAUUGGCUUCAGGUAGCUAAGACUAUUCCAUCUGUUUAUGGGAUGUUAAGACAGGAUAUUAAAAUGCCAAAUUAGAUGGUCAUACUAGAGAAGUCAUAUCAGUCUGUUUCUCUCCUGAUGGUACUACAUUAGCGUCUGGUAGUUAUGAUAAAUCUAUCUGUUUAUGGGAUGCUAAGACAGGAAAAUAAAAAGCAAUAUUAAAUGGUCAUUAAUAUUCGGUUCAAUCAGUCUGUUACUCUCCUGAUGGUACUACAUUAGCAUCAGGUAGCGUAGAUAAUUCUAUUCGUAUUUGGGAUACUAAGACAGGAUAAUAAAUAUCUAAAUUAGAUGCUCAUGAAAAUUAAGUUUUAUCAGUAUGUUUCUCUCCUGAUGGUACUACAUUAGCAUCAGGUAGCGCGGAUAAUUCUAUUCGUAUUUGGGAUGCUAAGACAGGAGAAUAAAUAACCAAAUUAGAAGGACAUACUCAUAAUGUUUGGUCAGUCUGUUUUUCUCCUGAGGGAACUACAUUAGCAUCAGGAAGCUAUGAUAACUCUAUACGCUUAUGGGAUGUUAAGACUCUAGAAGAAAUAGCAAAAUUAGAUGGUCAUACUAGUUGCGUCAAUUUCGUCUGUUUCUCUCCUAAUAGUAAUACAUUAGCAUCUGGUAGCGAUGAUAAUUCAAUCCGUUAAUGGGAUGUUAAGACAGGAUAAUAAACAGUCAAAUUAAAUGGUCAUACAAAUUGUGUUAAUACAGGUUGUUUCUCUUUUGAUGGUAGUAUAAUAGCAUCUGGUAGUUAUGAUAAGUCAAUCCGUUUAUGGGAUGUGAAGACAGGAUAAUAAUAAGCUAAAUUAAAUGGUCAUACUAGAGAAGUCAUAUCAGUCUGUUUCUCUCCUGAUGGGACUACAUUAGCAUCUGGUAGCUAUGAUAACUCUAUCCGCUUAUGGGAUGUUAAGUCAACCCUAUUAAAAGCCACAUUUGACGAUCAUUUUAAAGAAUUCAUGUAUUUUAGUUUUACUCCUGAUUUUACUACAUAAGUAUCUGGUAAUGAUGAUUAACCAAUCCGUUUAUGGGAUGUAAUAUCUGGACAACAAAUCUUGCAUUCAGAUAAUCGUUACAAAGAUAUUAUGGCAUAGCCUUAACCACUAAUAUUUACUAGCAAUAUUCUUCCAUAAAAUGGUAUAUAUAUAACUAUUGUUUAGUUACCUCUAAUAUUACUAUCCUUCUUAUAUCACAAUAGCUAAUAUUUCAAUCAUAGAGUGCUCUCAUCUUGUAAGGAGAAUUUAUUAAUCAAUCAGGCAUCGACUUGAAGACAUUAUUUUAAUAAAGAGGAAGUUGCAUUUUAGAAAAAUAAAAUGGAUUUAACUCCAAUUAAAAUUGA